AGUCUACGUCUGUGCAUGCUAUGAAGCGGUGCUCCAGCCAAUCCAACUAAUCCAACAUGAUCACGAUCAGUCCUCAACCAGGAGUCAGUGUUUGAAGUGCAUCGGCACAACACUUGCUUGCAAAUGCAAAGCUAAAGUUAAAAAAAAUCGGGCCCAAAAGCCAUGAAAAUGUAACUCAAAACAUCCCAAAAAAAGUUUCAAAAUAUCAGUAACCAAGUUCAGUUCGACGACAAAUUUCGCGCAGUGCAAUCCAGUUUGAUUUUUCCCAGGUCAGUGUGACAGCUUCUUCAAAGGAACUUCCUCCAAUCAAGGUGCAUAUAUGUGUUCUAUGGAGUACGAGAUGUUGGUCUCGCACAGUCCGCCAGUGUUCUCUCACAGCCCUCCAACCGGUGCCUUCCUCACAGACUACGACUUCAGAUUCAAGGCAGACAGCUUCCCACGCGCAGCCAUGGCCACCUGUAGGACUCUGCACCACUCCGGUUCCUUCAACAGCCUAACCAGACCUUCCGUCAAGAUGCCAGCCUCCCCCAAACGGCCUUGUCUGGUGAUACGCCCCAACGAAGAUAACUUCUCCAGCGAUGAGGAUCCCACUAGUCCUACCAGGCUGAAGAAGAAAGUUGUCUUCGCUGAUGACAAGGGCAUGUCCUUAACGCACGUGAGGGUUAUGACCGAGCCCUCUAACGUCCCGCCCUUCUGGAGCCACAAGUUCCUCGCAGAGGUCACUCAAGGGAUCAAUGCCGACCCUGUGGGAGACGAGGAGAACUGGGAGAUCACUUUCGCUCAGCCUGCUUCGGACUAUCUGGCUUUCAGGAAGCGGUUGGACACAGAGAAGGUAUCUUUGGAGAAUGUUAUCGUGAAGGAGGCUGACAGCGUGAUUAUGGGCACUGUUAAGGUCAGCAACUUGUCGUUCCAUAAGCAAGUUGUGGUGAGAUCGUCGCUGAAUGGCUGGAAGAGCUAUGAGGACGCCUUCUGUGUUUAUGUGCCAAAUAACAUAGCUUCUAAUGUGAGCGUGCUGUACGACACGUUUUCCUUCAAAAUACCUCUUCCGUCCAAGUCCAAGAUGCUGGAGUUUUGUGUCUGCUUCAGGUGUGACGGCAAGGAGUACUGGGACAACAAUCAUCAGAAAAAUUACGUUUUGGUGAAGAAGGCUGCUCCUGCUGCUCUGCACAAGUCGCUUGGCGAGGAAGCGCUGAGCGGGAAAGAAAGUUCUGGUGGAGUUCAGGUAAUAAGAAAAUGCACGGAUGCUGUUCGAGCUAAGCUGGAUUCUUGGUCUGAGUUUGCUAGUUGGACGCAUUUAGAGAACUCUAAUCCUUACUGGUAGAUUGCUGGUCCGAUUUUGAUAUGGGAUUGUUUGGCAGCUGUUGGGUGUAGAAAUAGCUCGAGAAAUACUCUCUGACUCAGAAACCUCCGUGAAUUCGGUGUUGCCAAUACGCAGUUGAUUUCCCUGGAUAUCUCAUCGAUGGUCACUGCGUUUUAUGAUUAAUGUUUUUACUUCUUCCGAGGCCUCAAGAAAAUGUGUUUAACGAUUCUGAUUUGGUUUGGUCUGUAACUGAAAUCUGUGAUAUGAAAUAACGACCUUAACUUAUUUAAAUUGUGGUGCCAAAUGGAAGUAUGAUUAGAGUGGGUUUUUCUGAAAUUGUACCUUUUUAAAAGACUGAUAAUUAUUAUAUUAUUGUGUGGAGUUGUGCAAAUAUGGAGAUUUUAGUCAUUUUGGAUGAAAAUUUUUGUACGAUAUUAUAUAAGAUAGAAACGGUAGUUCCUUAUGAAACGACUUAAAAAUGUGUAAGUAAAUUAGCACAAAUAUCUAUUGAUAUAUUUUUUCUUCAUUGCUCUUAUAUAGAUCUGACCUAUUUUUUAUUUCUAAGAAAUAAAUUAGUAUUUUUGUGGUACAAAAUAUGACCAAGGUAAAUUAUGCUCAUUUUUACUAACAUAUAUGUAAUUUACGCAUUUUUUUGUCGUUUUUCUUUGUGUAAUAUAUCUUAACUGAAAACUGAUACCUACAUUUAAUGUUGUUACACAUCACUUUUUAUAAAAUGCACUGUAAAUAUCAUUAUGCCGUUUGAUAUGUUUAGUUUUUAUUUUUAUUGCUUUUCUGAGACUUGUUGAAAAGUAAAUGCGAUUUAUAUACAUAUAUGUACUCUGAGGAAUAUCAGAAGCUGUUAUGGCCUAAUAAGUAAGUAUAUGUUUGGUAAUCCCUGUUAGUUUAUCAUAUUAUACUUAUAUUUUCCAGUACUUUGUGUCAAUUUGAUAUUCAAAUUCUUGUUUACAAAAUACUUACCUAUGAGUUGUUGUGUAAUUUUAUCAAUCAAUUUUUAUGAUUCCACUGUAUAUAUCAUAAUUCAUUUUAUGUAAUGUUAUUUUACUAUUUUACUGCUUUCGUAAGACUAUGUGUAAUUUCGAUUUGUUGCAAGUGCAUAUUUACCUACCAUUUCCUAAUUGUAUAUUAUUUUUCAGUACCUUUGUAGGUUUCUAUGCGAAUUUUGUUAAAUAAAGAUGUUGAAACUUU